UUUGAAUAGUCCCAUCUGAUUGGUGGGUUUAAAUUCUGGGGCAAACCCAAAGCCAUCCUUGGUUGAACCAACCCUUUUUCGCUAAAACCGCAGCUUUUGUUCCGCGAUGUUUGGCUGCGCUGGUCGGUCGGUCACCAACAACAACCCAUUGAUUUUCCAAGCUGAAAUCUGUCACAACGACAACCGACAUUCUUUUGCAUAAAUGCUUUUUUCCUUUCUUAUUAACCUUUCGUUUUUUCACAAAGGAUAUUUUUAAUAUCAAUUCCAUUCAUUUUCCCCUCAUUUCAUGCGGACUCCAAUGUCUCCACCUUGGUGUUAAACCCAUCAUUGGACGGCAAGCUGGAAGGUCCAAGGACCCAGUCGCAAAUCCUUCAGGUUUAAUUUAGCAACACACCGUCUAAAUAGGCAACGCGGACCUCCAACCUGAGUAAUAAUAUCUACAUCUAUGUUUCGCGCUAUGCGUUUGAAUCGUGUAUGUAGCAACGCAAAAGUGUUUUUUCCUCCCAGACCAUGGGCGGCUCGUCCCCAAUUUCUCCGUCCCUGGAAUGUUGUUGUUCCCGCUGCGCGGCGGUGCUAUGCGCAGAGUGCACCCCCUGUCGGGCCCCAAUCCAUUAAUCAAGAUAUGCCUGAAGAGGAAGAUGAUAAGAGAAAGAAUCCGAAAGAUGAAGAAGAGCCUUCUCUAAGAACCACCCUCUUUAAGAUGAUGGAAUCUGCAGCGACCAUGUUUGCAUCAAUCGCUGUGCUCGGUGCGGCAGGGUACUCUUAUCACCGGUACUAUAAGUAUCUAGUCCUAGCAAAAAUGGACAACGCAUUCAACCCCGGCGAUCCAGCUCUCGAAGUUGCUGGCGUAGCGCCAUCAAUGGGUACCGAUGGCAGUGACACAGGCCACUGGAUCGAGCGCGAGGAGCAAAAUAAAGUUGAUCAAAUAGUCAAUGGCACCAUUCGCGGCCAUUACUAUCUUCUCAUCGGCGAAAAGGGUACAGGGAAGACCUCCAUGCUUCUCGACGCCAUGAGAAAGAUUGAUGGCGAUGGCGUGGCAUUUUUCGAAGCGCAUGCAGAUCUUGAGAUUUUUCGUAUCCGCCUUGGCAAGGCCUUGGACUUUGAGUUUCAUGAAGACUAUAUUGGCAGCCUGUUUAGUAUUAGAGGGCCCCGAGACACCACUGCCUUGCUAGACAUUGAACGAGCUCUUAACAAGCUUGAGAAAGUCGCUCUUGCGCGGCGGCACAAGGGCGGGAAGCCCCUCAUUUUAAUUGUUAAUAGUACCCAUCUAGUUCGAGACGACGACGAUGGGCGCGAUCUGCUAGAAAUGAUUCAGCAGCGUGCUGAGCAAUGGGCAGCAAGUAGCUUGGUUACGAUGAUUUUCAACAGCGAUGAUUACUGGGUGUAUGAGCGGUUAAAACGUUAUGGUACCCGAAUGGAAAUAAUUCCUCUCCCGGAUCUUCCCAAGGACCGUGCAAUAAUGGCCUUACGGCAGUACCGACAAAAAUAUUUCAAUGAAACUUUGGACGAUUCAAUACUCGAAAAAGUGUAUGACAAAGUUGGCGGACGACUGACAUUUUUGAAUCGCGUGGCGAAAUCGAAGGACAUGAUGGAGACCUGCGCGACAAUAUGCCAAGCAGAGAAGUCAUGGUUUCUCAACAAAUGCUGGAUCUUAGGAGAGGAAAUGGACGAUGAUGUGAUGGAUGAGCAGAAAUACUCGUCCGCCGCCAUGGUCCUCGCCAAAGAGCUAGUUGACCGAGAAAAGGAAAUGGAGUGUACAUAUGAUCCCGAAAAGGGCCAUAUCCUACCGGAGAUUCCUCUCCACGAAGCCCGACAAGUCAUGACGAGAGCAGACUUUAUCCAAAGCUACGAUCACGACAACAUAUUUACCAUCGACUCCAGAGGCAUGGUUCGCGCCGACUCUGUCCCGAUGCAAAUCGCCUUCAGAGAGAUAUGCUCUGAACCAGGCUUUGCAGAGCAUCUGGAGAAGACUCUGGACAGAAUCAACGAUAUUGAAAGCUUGGGCAGGACCCGGGAGCUUACUGUUAAAGACUUUUGGAAUAAUGGGUCGUUUAAGGCGGUCAUUCGUGAUACGAAGGGCAGGGAGGCAGGGACUGUUGAGAUUGGGGUGGUUAAACCGAAGGAUGAGGACGAUGAUGAUUAGAGGGGUGUUUAUUCAUUGCAUUUGAAAUGAUGGAUGGAUUCUCCUUUCUUUUUCUUUUCUUUUUCCUUUCUUUUUUUCCUAUACCAAGUAUACGGCCCCUUCCAUUUCUUAUAUUUUACAAGACCACUUUCGCUUAAAGAGCUCGAUGCAAACAUCGACUGUUAUCCUCGGGCCUGACAUGCGCUCAACAUUUCCUAUUUUCUGCUGUACUUUCUACGAUAGAUUUCUUUCGGUGGCUCCAUACUUUCUGUGCUGAUCUUGCUUGUAUAUAGCUCACUUAUCCUGAUUCAAAGACUCUCUCUACCUAGCGAAAACUUGUUAAUUAUCCAUUCCACCAUAAUUUGAUGUAAAUAGCCUUUACUGAUAAAGUGAGGAAAACUCCCUCUAAUCCCCUCAUUCAGAAGGACAGUUCCCGCAGCAAAAUUAUAUUUAUUUGUUUGCUUCAUGGCUC